AUGUAUAUCUUGACUAGGUACCAUUGGUCCCUGAUUGUAGGGCCCAAAAUUGAGACAGAGAAUAGCACUGGUUUCCGCUACCACGCGAACGAGAGUCCAAAGCUGGGAGGGGGCUCUGUGUGGCACUUUGAAGAGCUCGAGUGUCCACUUGCCGCUACUGGCAUGUUACUUGUUCGUAUCAUGGUUGGGAAGGUAUUGGAUGGAUAUCAUGUAGCCGAGAUCAUGCGCAAUACGCCUGUCCGACAGGGUCGGCCAGGAUGGAAUUGUGUUGCGUGGGUAAAGGAGGCUUUGGAAACUCUCAAGGACGAUAACAAGGCUUUAGGCACGAGCAUGCUUGAGUGGAGCAUAGUGCGCAAUAUAGCAAUGGCUUACUGCCAACGGAAGAAAGAUCAGCACCGUUUCGAUGGUCAGGGAAAUUUUGAUAUGAGAAAGCCUCCAACUUAUGACUUGUUGGAGCAAAAGGAGACUGUCGCUUGA